AGCUACAGAGGUCAAAGAGGAACACCACAGUCUUCACGUCUCUUCACAAUACAAAAGAUAUCGAAGAACUUGAAGAAUCAUCCAGAUAUGGAAAUGAUGAUCAUGAUUCUUCUCUUAUCCUCAAUAAUCUUCAUCACCAUUCUCUUCCUGACGAAAGGGAGAAAAAGCAACACACCACCAUCUCCACCGACAUUUCCGUUGAUCGGAAACCUCCAUCAGCUCGGCCAUCAUCCUCAUCGAUCACUAUGCUUCCUCAGCAACCGUUAUGGUCCUCUCAUGCUCCUUCACUUCGGCAGUGUCCCCGUUCUUGUAGUCUCUUCCAUGGAGGCGGCUCGAGACGUCUUGAAGACGCACGACCGCACUUUUGCAAGCCGUCCACGGUCUAAAAUCUUCCAAAAGCUUCUUUACGAUGGGCAAGAUGUGGCCGCAGCUCCUUACGGAGAGUACUGGAGACAAAUGAAAAGUGUGUGUGUCAUCCAUCUCCUAAGCAACAAAAUGGUACGGUCCUUUCGAGACGUGAGAGAAGAAGAGAUCAGCCUGAUGAUGGAAAAGAUCCGGAAAUCAUCAUCGAGCUCUUUACCCGUGAAUCUAAGCGAUCACUUGGCAAAUUUAUCUAAUGAUGUGAUAUGUAGAGUUGCUUUGGGAAGGAAAUACUGGCGUGAAACGGAUUUUAAAGAGUUGAUGGAGAGGUUCACAAGGCUAUUGGGUGUCUUUAGUGUUGGGACUUUUGUCCCAUGGCUUGCAUGGAUCGAUCGGAUACGCGGCUUGGAUGGUCAGCUACAAAAGAUGAAAAAUGAUCUUGAUGACUUCUUUGAGAGAGUCGUACAAGAUCAUGUCGAUGGUGACCGUGACCAAGAUAGGAAUGAUUUUGUGGAUGUAUUGCUCACACUUCAGAGAGAUAAAAGCAUUGGGUUUGAAAUUGACAGAGUCAGUAUUAAGGCAAUCGUCUUGGAUGUGUUUGUAGGCGGUGCGGACACAACGUACACACUCAUGGAAUGGACAAUGACAGAGCUUCUACGUCACCCCGAAUGUCUUAAUAGACUUCAAGAAGAAGUCCGUACGAUUUGUAAGGGAAAAUUGAGCGUCUCAGAAGAAGACAUUCAAGACAUGAACUACUUGAAAGCUGUGAUUAAAGAGACACUAAGGCUACAUCCUCCACUUCCAUUGAUGGUUCCUCAUGAGUCAAUACAUGAUGUCAGAUUAAGAAAUUACUACAUACCUGCCGGCACACAGGUAAUGAUCAAUGCAUGGGCGAUCGGGAGAGAGGUUGUGACCUGGGGACCAGACGCAGAGGAGUUUAGACCGGAGAGGCAUUUAGAUUCUUCUAUUGAUUUCCGAGGCCAACAUUAUGAGCUGAUUCCAUUUGGAGCAGGGAGAAGGAUUUGCCCAGCAAUAUCAUUUGCUUUUGUUUUGAAUGAAGUGGUUUUAGCUAACUUAGUGCAUCAGUUUGAUUGGAGAUUCCCGGUUGAAUCUACAAAAGAUCAGACCGGUGUGGCUGAAUCAACGGGUAUUGCGAUUCACCGCAUGUUCCCUCUUUACGCCAUUGCAUCAUCUACGACUUGACUUGAGCAGCAUAUAUAAAUGCUUUAUUAAUAAUGUUGUGUACCACGAACAUGUUUGUACUCAUUUGAAACUGUGACUAGCAGAAAGAGUCUUUGAUAUUAUUACAUUCUUG